AUGGACCCAGAUAACAGAAGUUACACAAUAACGCCAAUUUCUCCAUCAAUACAACACGGUGAAGCCCCACUGUGGUACACAAGAAGGAACAUUAUAUACUGGGUGGACACUUUUCAAGCUACCAUCUACCGAUUACUCCCCGACGAGCAAAUACAAUCCUACAAAAUCGAAGGUAGAGAUUCGGUGGGAUUCAUUAUACCGGUGAAGCACAAAGAUGAUUUAUUUCUGGUAUUCGCCGAUCGUGUUGUAUAUGAAUUAAACUGGCCGAUUGAUCAACAACAACCUUUAAAAUUCAACCAAUUAAAGGAAAUCGAAGACCACAAACCCCUCAACCAAUUCAACGAUGGUAAAGCCGAUGGAAAAGGAAGAAUAUGGGCCGGAACAUUGACUAGAAACAGCGAUUUAUCAGUAGCAUCAAACGGUGGUUCAUUGUACUUGUUCCACGACAACCUCCAAACCUGCCAAUCGAAAAUACCCCAAACCAGCAUCAGCAACGGCCUGGCCUGGUCCAAAAACCACCAAAAAUUCUACUUCAUAGAUAGUUAUACAAGGCAAGUCAGAGAGUUUUCUCAUAACCAAGACACUGGAGAUUUAUCCGACGAAACGGUGAUACUCGACCUAUCCCACCAUCCAGACAUCGAGGGAUUCCCCGACGGCAUGACCAUCGAUGAUGAUGAUAAUUUAUGGAUAGCCCUAUUCGGUGGAGGCCACGUCAUCCAUUUGGAUACCAAAACGAGGCGGAUGAUUCGCAAGAUCCAGAUACCAGCCACCUACGUGACUUCCGCGGAAUUCGGCGGUGAAAAUCUGGAUGUACUCUACGUCACCACGUCCCGUUUGAAGCUCCAACACCAACGGGAAACCACCGCUGGUUGUCUCUUCACCAUCACCAAUUUAGGCGUCAGAGGAAGACCACCACACGAAUCGAUCUACUCCGAUUGA